ACUUCCGGUUAGAUGAGGUCACGAGAAAUAAAAAUACAACUAAAUUAUGUGAAUUUACCUUGAAGUAUUCAGUAUUUCAGCAUGUCAGCCUUGAGAAUAUAAGACUUUCUGCAUAAUUAUGAAAUGUAGUUAAAGGAUAGAUUGUUUUACAUGGUGUGCAGUGUGUGACUAUAGAACAGAAUGUUUGGUUUAGGUGGAUUGUCGCGAGUCCAGAGACUAAUUCUAGGAAUUAUUGUGUUGCUGAUUGUUGAUGUUAUUUGGGUUGCUUCAUCAGAACUUACAGAGUACAUAUUUCACAAGUAUCAAAAACCAUUUUUCACCACAUUUGUAAAAACAGGAAUGAUGAGUGUUUAUUUAUUGGGAUUUAUUAUUUGGAAACCAUGGCGAUUACAGUGUAAGCAUGUACAGAAAUAUGGUAUUAAUGGAGAACAAGGAGAAGUUGAGGAACAUUUGGGUGAACCAAUUUAUGUACCUGUUAAAUAUGAUAAAAAUAGUGGAACUGAUUCAGAUGAUUCUUCUGGUAGACGUUCUAUUCGAUUUAACAAUUUAUCUGAAGUUAGACAAUUAUCAGAGGUACAUGCCGAAGAUGCAGUUAUAUCCAGAUUGUCUUAUUCAGCUUCUUUAAAGGCAGAAGAAGAUCGCCUUAAUGCUCUCAGUAAAUUAUCAGUCAAACAAGUUGCCAAAUUAGGUUUUAUUUUCUCAGUUAUUUGGUUUUUUGCUAAUUUUGCCUAUCAAGAGGCAUUAUUAGAUACAGAGGCAGCUAUUGUUAAUGUUUUAUCAUCUACUUCUGGUUUAUUUACACUUGUAUGUGCUGCUGUCUAUCCUAGUUCUAGUUCGGACAGAUUCUCUCUAUCUAAAUUAGUAGCUGUUAUGUUCAGUAUUGGAGGGGUUGUGGUAGUUAGUAUAUCAGAUUUAAACUUUGAAGAUGAAAUACCUGUAGGAGCUCUAUGGGCUUUAUGUGGAGCUAUAUUAUAUGCUCUUUAUCUUGUUUCCUUACGUAGAAAAGUAGACCAUGAAGAUAAAUUAGAUAUACCAAUGUUUUUUGGUUUUGUAGGAUUAUUUUGUAGUUUAAUUAUGUGGCCUGGAUUUCUUAUACUACAUUAUUCAAAAUCUGAAGAAUUUGUUUGGCCAACUAAAUCACAGUGGUUUUUUAUUACUGUAAAUGGUCUAGUGGGGACUGUUUUCUCAGAAUUCCUAUGGCUCUGGGGUUGUUUUUUAACAUCAUCAUUAAUUGGUACUCUAGCUCUAGGUUUAACAAUACCUCUAACAAUGAUAGCAGAUUCUGUUAUGAAAGAGGUAAAAUAUACAUGGAGGUUUUAUUUAGGAGCAGUUCCAAUUUUUGCAUCAUUUUUCGCCAUUAGCUUCUUAACCCAUUAUGAAAAUUGGGAUCCAGUUUUAGUGGCUUUUAAAAAAUUACUUCAUUGUAUUUGUAAAAAGAGAUUAAAACCAAGAUUGAGAGAAUUGGAUAGAGAACAAACAGAAAGUCUUAUCAUAGGUGGAGGUUCCAACGGUUCCUGAAACUUGUCCUACUAAUUCCAUCUUACUCGUAUAGUUGUCAAGCUUGUGAUUGUGAUUCAUUAAGUCUAUCUCUCUAAAAAACAUAAUAUUUUCAAAUAUAUAUGUAAUUUAUUGAUAGGACUAGUAUUCAAAAACUGUUGCGUUUUUGACAAGAUAGUAUUCAACUAGGAACACCAAGUAUCUCUAUCAGAUCGAGGGUGGCUGGUCAAUUGCCCAAUUGAAUCCUGUGAUAUCAAGUGCAAUCAAUUUCUCUAUUUUAGCUUAAGUAGUAUUGGGUGACCUGACAAAAACUAAAUUUAAUCUUGAAGUUCAAAUUGGAAUUGGGACAGAAACCAUUGAAUAUAUUGAUGAUUAAGCUAUAUAGAUCUAAAUGUACUCAGAAUUAAUUUUUAUUUUAUAGAUUUGUCAUUUCUUUUCAUAUUUAUCUUUUUUCUAAACAAUGAGGAAUGAUCCCUUGCUAGCCCAGAAGGUGACCAUAACCCUGUUGUUGGGUUGACUAAUGUUAAAUAAAUUAAUAUGACUGUUUUUGCAAGUUUAAAUGUAGUCAUUAAACAGUCUCUAAUCUUUUGUUAAAUAUUCUUAUUAAAUAUUAAAGAUACAUUAUGGGAGAUUAGAUAAAGAGCUGGCAGUUCUCACUAUAAUAGUUAAAAACUAGAUGAUGUAAAGGGAAUUUGCUGAAAAUUUCAGUCAAAUUGGUCCACUCUGAACCGAGAAUUUAGCGAUGGAAUUUUAGGCUUAGCCUCGAUCAUCAUUACUAAAGUCGGUACAAUAAAAAAUAUAAUUUCGAUUAUCCAUUUUUUGAUAUAAUCAUGAAUGAGCGUAGAGCAGCAGAUUCGAUUCAAAUCCAGUAAAUAUCGCAGAUCCGAUUCAAAUCCAGUAAAUAUCGCAGGCUAGCGAUGACAUCAAGAGUUGAUUAUGGUCUGGAUAAGUUAAUUAAAGUCUAAUUAAUAAUUUAGAUAACAUUUCAGGCCUAAAGAAAGACCUGCAAUAGGCAGAUUUAGCUCUUGCAUAAUGUAUGUCUAAUAUACAAAUUCCAACAUUUACAUCAUAAAAAACCUCUCCAAUACCAUCAUUUGUUUAUCUAGGGAAUUGAGUUUUUUUCAACACUGUGGAGGUUUGUAGACUACAGUUAGUUCUAGAUUGCUAUGAACUAAUAAUGAUAUUACUAGUUUAAUGCCUCUACUUAAUGAAACUCAGAUCUGACACGAAAGAUGAUUGCAAGUGAUCAUGUUAUACAGAAGUCCUAAUGGUUUGAUUACAAAUGCAAUGCAAUACACAAAAUUACCACUUAUAAUUUGGAUGACUUUAGAAAGUAAACCAACUUUUCUUUAGCUAUCUCUUAGAUUUAGGGCUGUUCAUCUAGGUGAAUCAAAUUCUCUGUAGUAGCAUAUUAUACUUGUCUUAGUACAAACAUUUACCCAAUCUAUGAUUGUACUGCUUAAUUCUCCAGAAAAUUCUUUUGCAGCACAUCAAUUGUUAAAAUUUGUUUAUUUUAUUUUAAUAGAGUUUGUAAAUCAAGUUGUGCUAUUUUUCAGUUCUACCUCUUUCAAUAUUCCCUGUAUUUUUUAUGUUUUGUCAUAUGUAUUGUUUGAAUUGAUUGUUUUUGUACUUAUAUAAACCUGACUAAAUGUCUAUACAAAUAGUAUGUAAACUUUAUAUAAGGGAUGAUGAAAAAUCACACAUAUUCAGUAAGUAAAAAUUUAAAUGUAAUAUUUAAUAAGGGUAUCGGACUCCCAAGACUUUAGAUACAUAGAUAAUCGUAAGAAGAUAAAUUUCCUAUCGUUAUAUUAAAAUAUUGAGAUGUUCACCCUUCCAGGUCAUGAUAUUAUAGCUUACAUAUGUUUAUAUUAAGAAAAUGACUGAAAUGACUUCUUCGAUUUGGGUAAAAAAAUCAAAUAUCUUGAUUUCAUUGAAUUUUUUAUCUUGAUUAAAAAUCUUUCUUUGAUGAAUAGUUCAUUAUGCCUGUUUUAAGAUAAAAACGAUUUAUUGUUCCACUGUCAACACAGUCAAACAAAAAUUAAAGUAGUUAGCAAGCCAGCUUUUGCUCCUAAAAAAUUGUGUCUUACAUUUUGGGAAUAUUUAUUAAUUCCUUCUGGCUCAGAUUGCCUACACAUGACCUAUUGCCUAAUUUGCACUAAUUAAAUCAUCACUUUACUAAUUAUCCUAUAAUGGAUGCCUUAGAAAGGUACAUCAGGCCACUUAUAUACAUUUGAUGUUAUAUACAUAUAUAUAGUCCAGAUUAGUCCCCUCCUAUUGUUAAGAUAUAUGUUUAAUUACCCUGUCCUUAUAAUUUAGUCCAUCUAAUUUCGUUUUGUUUUUUAUAGUUUGAAAUUUCAUUUUACUUGUCUUCACUACUAUAUUGGAGCCAUCAAAGUAUAUAAAAAAAAACGGAAUAAGAUUAGAUCUGUAUAUUAAUCAGAUUGUUUUUUUAGUCCAACUAUAUAUUUAUUUGAAACAAUGUAAUGAAUUGACCCAGUAAAUGUUAUUUUCCUAGUUGACAUGGAAGGAAAGUUUUAAAAGUAUAUAUUGAUAACAACCACAGAAACAUGAUGUUAUUAUAAUGGUAGCCAGGCUUAAACAUGAUUUAUGUAACAUUUUGAAAAUGAGCUGACCUUCCUUACUAUGAUAGUUUAAAAAAAAGGUAAUGAAACGUGAAUAUAUUGAAAAUUUCAGUCAGUCACUGUAUUCUGAGCAAAGUUAUGACAGUUUUCGCAACAAAAAGCAUAAAUAGUACCAUUACUCCGUUAAUUAACAACUCAAUAUCUCAUCCAUCCACUGGUCUAGAGAGUUGAUAAUGGGCUUGUCAUAUGAAUAGAUAUCAUAAUAAUAAUUUAUAUAACAAAAUACUUUGUAUCUCUGUAAACACAUUAUGAAUUUGGUCCUUCAAUUGAAAAGCUUAUUCUGGAUAUACAAAGUUAUUAUUUUAGUAAGUUAGCUUAAACAAAUGUGUGAUAUUAAAACUAAACUACCAAUAUAUUUGUAGUCUUGUGAAUGUAGAUGUCCUUUAUAUAUGUUAUGUAUAUAAAUUGUCUUGUGUUCUAGUCAGGUAUAUAUAUAUUUAUUGUAUGUACAUUAUCUGAUAAUAAAUCUCUCUUAUUCUCAA